AACCUGCCAACGUUUAGCAGAAGGCCACGUCUUGUGAACCCACAUUGCAAGAAAAUGUAGGGAUUCCAUGCACAGCAGAUACACAAACCAGUGUAUUUUUUUAAUAGUUAAAGAAUUGCUUAUAGAAAAGUCAGACUAUUCACGGAUUUAAACCAUUUUUCUUUACCAUAGUCUCUCUCGUCUUCCCUUAUAUUAUCAACUCUUCUCUCCUUACCUCGUUCUUGUUCCCCUCUUGUCAAACUUCACCCCUGUUUCUAUUUAUGCAAGAGUUAUCGAGAGAGAGAGAAAACAUAUUUUGAUUUAACAAAAAAAUAGACAAAGCAAGAAGAGAUGAACCUUAAGGAGACGGAGCUUUGUCUUGGCCUCCCUGGAGGCGCUGAAACCGUUGAAUGUCCGUCCAAGUCGGGCGUAGGUAACAAGAGAGGCUUCUCUGAGACUGUUGGUCUCAAACUCAAUCUUCAAUCUAACAAACAAGGACCUGUGGAUCUCAACGUUAAUGGAGCUCCCAAGGAGAAGACCUUCCUUAAAGACCCUUCUAAGCCUCCUGCUAAAGCACAAGUGGUGGGUUGGCCACCGGUGAGGAACUACCGGAAAAAUGUUAUGGCUAAUCAGAAGAGCGGCGAAGCGGAGGAGGCAAUGAGUAGUGGUGGAGGCACCGUCGCCUUUGUGAAGGUUUCCAUGGAUGGAGCUCCUUAUCUUCGGAAGGUUGACCUCAAGAUGUACAAAAGCUACAAGGAUCUCUCUGAUGCCUUGGCCAAAAUGUUCAGCUCCUUUACCAUGGGGAGUUAUGGAGCACAAGGGAUGAUAGAUUUCAUGAACGAGAGUAAAGUGAUGGAUCUGUUGAACAGUUCUGAGUAUGUUCCAAGCUACGAGGACAAAGAUGGUGACUGGAUGCUCGUUGGUGAUGUCCCCUGGCCGAUGUUUGUCGAGUCAUGCAAACGUAUGCGCAUAAUGAAAGGAUCCGAAGCAAUUGGACUUGCUCCAAGAGCGAUGGAGAAGUUCAAGAACAGAUCAUGAACAAACAAAAAAGACGAGGACAACAUUGAUUUUUUUGUUUUUUUUGGUAUUGUUAUGAUCAUAUGUGUUUGUAAUUUUUAAUAUUGGAAGUAUAUAGGAAAAUAGAAUUGUCUUCGAAAACAAA